UUAGCCGGGAGGGGGCGGGGUUUGAUGGAAAGGCGGUGAGGUGGUGAUUGCGCUGUGUUUCGCUGACGUCACCACCGUGUCGUAGUGACGUCGUCCUUGUGCCCUGCAGGAGCCAUGCGUGUGAACGAGGACACGGUGCUGAGGGGGCACAGGGUGCUGCUGGUGCCGUACGAGCCUCACCAUGUGCCCAGGUAUCAUGAAUGGAUGAAGUCAGAAGAGCUGCAGAAACUGACCGCCUCCGAGCCGCUGACCCUGGAGCAGGAAUAUGACAUGCAGCGCAGCUGGAGGGAGGAUAAUGACAAGUGCACCUUCAUCAUACUGGAUAGAGAACGGUGGGAUCAAGGACGUCCAGAAGAUCAGUGUAUGGUGGGAGAUGUCAACCUCUUCAUGGUCGAUCCUGAAAACCCCUCAUUGGCAGAGAUGGAGAUCAUGAUUGCAGAGCCCACGUUCCGUGGCAGAGGGUUUGGUGAAGAGUCUGCGCGCCUCAUGUUGUACUAUGGUGCUACGACUCUGGGGAUCUCUACGUUUCAGGCUAAAAUCGGACAGGAGAACGUAACAAGUGUGCGGUUAUUUAAUAGAUUGCACUUCAAGGAGGUGUCCUAUAGCUCAGUAUUUCAGGAGAUGACCCUGCACUGGGAGGUGACAGAGACAGAAAGGCAAUGGCUCCUGGAUUCAGUUCAUGUAACAGUGGAAUCUUAUAGGGAAAUGGAACAGAAGCGAGAAGUGAAUGUGCAUGAUUAGGGGCACAGCCUGCGGGGCAGAAGGGCUGCUAUUGGGCGAAAGCACCAUUCCGAGAAUACGGGGUAAUUGCCUGAAGAUACGUACAGGCACCAGGCAAGGUUAAAAGCACCUUGUUUCCCUCAGUAGGAAUGUACAAUGAGCUAUCUAAUACAUUUGGGUAAUAAGUCGGUUCACAAGAUGUGGCCCCUGCUGUUAGGAAAAUGAAUAGAUGGAGGUGCAGUUGUGUUGCUGAACCUAUUCAUAGUCGGAACAGUCUGGAUGCUGCCUUAUAAAGCUUCUUCAUAGGAGAAGGAAUGGACACCUCGAUAAAGAAACCUUGUAAAUGGAAGAAUUUAUGAAGAUGACGUAAACUUACAUCUGUGACCCAUUUCUUUCACUGUUUACAGGGGAUUUAUCUCACCUUUGUAGUUUUCGGUGAGGUGGCCCUUUGUUCCUUUGCCUUGCAAUCAAGGAGGAUUACAGAAAUCUGUAAGUACUUGUACCUCACGGUACGACAGUCACUGCACAUGUGCAACCACCUCUCUGCUGGCGCACAGACCACUGUGUUGCCACAAAACAUCCAAACCACGUCUCCACCAAAGAUACGGAUCGGGACCUUCUCAACAUGAGGACUUGCCACGACUGGUUUGGCACAUCAUGGAUCCUCACCAGACCCAACCACCGAUACAGUUUUAUGACUUACAGCAGUACAAAAAUGUAACAUUUGUGAAUUUUGUAGUUAUUUGGAAUGAGCAGGAAGAGGCUAUCCUGUCCAAAAUUGAUUAUAGUAAUAUAUCUGUGUAGCUUUGGACCAUAAGACCUUGCACAGCGAUCAGUGAUGGGAGGGAUCCUGCUCGUAAAUAAAGUGAUGUACUUUUGUGUCUAGACAGUUUAAGGUCACAAGAUGUUCUUGAAAACAAUUCAUGGAUGACACGGCCAGACGUCCGUAUCGCCUAGAAGAUAUAAUGCAACAACAAAGCUAAGGGCUGGAUUAGACCUAGCAAUAGUUGGGCAGAUCAUCGCUAGGAACACUCGUUAGCGAUCUGUGUAAUAGUGCCGCCGAUUACCCGAUGAACGAGCAUCAGGCAAUAGCAAUCUUUAAG